CAUUCGACCCCGAGCGGGCGUGCCGAGAGGAGCCCCGCCGUCCGCUGCUCGCUGUAGCGCCGCCGUGUAUUCAGUUCGCUGUCAGUCGUCUGACUAGAGCGUAGCCCACCGUCCUGCGGUCUAUCGUCCAUCGUCUACCUUCCACCGUCUAACCGUCUGGCCGUCUAUCAUCUACUGUCGUUCCAAGUCCGUCGUCCACCCUCUAACCGUCUAAGCGUUCACUGUCCACCGUGCGCCAUCUGACCAUCCACCGUCUAUCUGCUUACCAUCCACCGCUUACCGUCUAACCAUCCUCGUGCUUUCCCCACCUUCCGCCCCUCUCCAUCCGCCGCGAUGGCUCUGGGCACGCUGCAUCCGCUGGUGCUGGUGGCCCUCCAGGUAGUGUUCGUCAUCCUGUUCGGCGUGUUCGCCGAGUACUCUGUGACAAAGCCGGACGACGCGCCGCAGGACACGCCGCCCGGAAAGCUGCUCCGCAUGUACAGCAUGUUCCAGGACGUGCACGUGAUGAUAUUCAUCGGCUUCGGCUUCCUGAUGACGUUCCUGAAGCGUUACGGCCUCAGCGCCGUCAGCCUCAACUUCCUGCUGGCCGCGCUGGUGCUGCAGUGGGCCCUGAUCGUCAACGGGUUCUUCCACCUACACGACGGCAGGAUCCAGAUCGACGUCGAGAGUCUGCUGGGAGCCGACUUCACUGCCGCGUGUAUCCUGAUCUCAUUCGGAGUCGUGCUCGGAAAGACGUCGCCCACGCAGCUACUGGUGAUGGCUAUGAUCGAGGUUCCCAUAUUUGCCUUCAAUGAAGUCAUUGGUCGGCGAUACCUGCAGGUGUCCGAUAUGGGCGACUCGAUAUUUGUGCACGCGUUCGGCGCGUAUUUCGGUCUGGCCGUCAGUUUCGCCAUGUUUAGGAAGGACCGGGACAGCGAGAACGCCGCCUCAAACACCGUCUCAGAUCUGUUCUCCAUGAUCGGCACGAUUUUCCUGUGGUGUUUCUGGCCGAGUUUUAACUCGGCGCUGGCGCAAGGUGACGUCCAGAGUCGGGCCGUCAUCAACACCUACCUCUCGCUCUGCGCCAGCUGUGUGGUGUCGUUCGCCGUCUCGGCACUGCUCGACAAACGCAGCAAGUUCUCCAUGGAGCACAUCCAGAACGCCACGCUGGCCGGCGGCGUGGCGGUGGGCACGGCUGCCGACAUGAUGGUACAGCCGUUCGGAGCCGUCAUCAUCGGCUCGGUGGCCGGUGUCCUCUCCGUCGUCGGCUUCAGCAUCAUCACGCCAGCGCUGGACGAGCGGUGCCGCGUGCACGACACGUGCGGCGUGCACAACCUGCACGGCAUGCCGGGAGUGCUGGCCGGCAUCGUGGGAGCCAUCAUGGCCGCCAUGGCCACGCACGAGCAGUACGCCGACAGUCUGUACGUGAUUUUCCCGGCGAUGGAGCCGAUGGAGAACGCCACUGCCCAGGCGCUGGCCGGCCCGGAGCACGGCACCCAGGCGGGCCGCUCGGCCGGAUACCAGGGCGGCAUGCAGAUCCUGGCGCUAAUCAUCACACUGGCCAUCGCCAUCGUCACCGGACUCGUCACCGGUGCCAUCCUGCGUCUGCGCGUCUGGGAGCAGCUGGACACAGCUGAUCUGUACAGCGACCGGCGCUUCUUUGUGGUCCACGACCCGGAGGAGGGGGACGCCCCGCCACCGCCCGCCGGUAACGAGUCCAAGACGAGUGAACAGCUCUGAACGUGACACCGAUCUGACACUGACACUGACACUGACACACCGGCGCCGCCGCCCGCCGGUAACGAGUCAAAGACCAGUGAACAGCUCUGAACGUGACACCGAACUGACACUAACAUUGACACUGACACUGACACUGACACAACGCCGCCGCCGCCCGCCGGUAACAAGUCAAAGACCAGUGAACAGCUCUGAGCGGGACACUGACACUGACACCAACCUGACACUGACACUGACACACCGCCGGUAACGAGUCAAAGACGAGUGAACAGCUCUGAACGUGACACUGACACCGACCUGACACUAGCCUAGACAGGCGAUACCAGCGCGCAUUGCGCAACGCAACGCCAUUAUGGCAACAUAUCAAUGCAAUAUACUCAUCGUUUAUUAUCGAAAAUUGUUGCUGGUCCAUCACCUCUUUUGGUUCAUUUCUACUGUGUGAGCCAAUUGGAACAUUUUACCUUCCGCAAGUCACAAAGUUCUGUCAUUUGAAGUCACUUUAAACUUAAAACGAUCGUAAAAACACAACAGUCCGACAAGUACCACAUUUAUUGUAUGUUGAGGCUAAGAUAGGUAAGUCAUAGCCCUAGCACGGGCUAAUGUUACUUUUGCUUCGUUAGUCUGAAGCGUUGUAAAUUGUAAUUACUAUUUAGCGAACACCGCAUAAUAGUCAUACAGGGUGUUUCACAAUAAAUGUUACUUUUGAAUAGCUUAAAUGAAGAUCUUACGUGUUCGUAAGCGCGGAAAUUUUAUAUGCAUUUUGCUGCAAAUUUGUUGCGGUUUUUAGUCCUUAUAUUAUUUUUACAAACCGUCAACGGUUCCAUCUGUAUGGACGUGCAAUGCCAACACCGUCAAAACGGGUCAAUUCGCCGUGUACAGAUGAUGAGGCGGUAUGGGUGGUCAUGCAUUACGGCGCUUUGCGGAGUCUGACCGCAGUGCGACGGAGUUUCGGACUUCGGUAGCCAUUUUAAAAGGAGGAAGGAUAUUCCGUCAAAAAUGUCUUUCAAACGGGUGGUAGAAAGGUUCCAGAAGACUGGAAACACGAGACCAGCCCCGCCUCCUGGCCAGACGGCGAUCCCAGAAAAUCGGGUUGAAAAGGUCAGACGGAAGGGUGGCAUAGUGGAGAACCCGUGAAGGGUGCUGAACUGAAAGUUAUAUGUUCAUCAGUCCUACUGUUCUACUGUGUCAUGUGGCAAUACUCAUGAGCCAUAUGUAAUACAUGUCACUGAAACAUCGUCGUUUGAAAAGCAACAUUCAUUGUGAAGGACCCUGAAGCUUAACAGCGAAUUGACCCGUUUUGAUCGUGUGGACAUUGCACGUACAUACAUAAAGAAUGCAGUUGAUGAUUCGUCAUAGUUUUUGUAAGGAUAAAAAACCCGAAAGAAUUUGCAACAAAAUGAAUAUAGAAUUUAUGGGCAUACGAAUAGUUGAGGUCAUUUUAAAAGCUUAUCAAAAGUAACGUUUAUUGUGAAACACCCUGUAGGUAUGAACACUGCAGAGAUAUGAACGUAUGAGGUAUGAACGUAUAUGUAAGGAUGCACAGUGACUCAGUUCAUUGGUAGCUCGUCAGAUGAUAGUAUUUUGUUUCGUCACUACAUCACCGCAGUUAACCGUCACUACAUAACCGAUAACUAAUCUGAGGGGUGCGUGUGCCGGCCGGGCAACCUGCCCUCAGUCAUUGAGAGGCCGACCAGCGAUUUUAUACUACCGGCCAGUAAGGGAAUAUGUGGGCAUAUUGGCGUGAAUAAGGUCAUUAGGCCAGAUGAACGGAGCGUGCUGUAAUUAAUGUUGUCACUCAUGUUUCACCCAUGUCGCUUCACGUGUACCCUUAAGGUCGCGUAAUUUAAGAAGUGUAUGAACAUUGUGUUGUGUAUGUUGUUAAAGGUAUUGAUGUUUUACUAUCCACGCUGCGAUUAGUAAGUUCGCACCAGCUCACCAUUUCGCUCACUAUCAUAAGAUCUUGAGGCUAUAUGCUAACAUCAUUCCUUUCGCCUUUUGUUGUUGCUGUUUGCUGGUUAUAUGAUGACACUCUCGUCGUGUGCAAUGUCACUGUCGUAGCCUUGGUGUGUAGCAUAUCCAAUAACUGAGAAGCUUACUGCUUACCUAAUCAGCUCUACCGUUUUUAAGUUGAGUUGUAAGUUGUCACCACACAGCCUGUCGCCGAGUUUAGCCACGCAGCGCGGCGAGGCAGGCUGGUGUUCCGUGUGUAAAUAGACGUUCAUAACAGACA